GGCAGGAAGGCGCGCGCGGCGCAGCAGCCUCGCCCGUCGCGGAGAGUGGGCUCUGCCCGCCGUCCCCCGGGGGCUGCUUCCCGCCCCAGGCCUCCGCGGAGGACACGUGUCAGCACGUUCCCGCGGUUGUCAUUCUAUUGUCAUAGUCCCUCUCCCAGGCCGGGAACUCCUCCCCUCCACCAACCCCGGUCCCAUUAUCCCUGGGCCCAACCUCCCCGCCGACCCGCGGUCCAGGCCUCGGUCUCUCUCCUCGGCAGCGAGCCGCGGCCCAGACCCCGGCGGAGGACCCUUGUCGGCACGUUCUCACCCCAGUCAUCUCAGCCCCCUGCCUAGCUCCACCCCAAGCUUGGGAACCCGGCCCCUGACGGCCCAUUGUCCGCAGUCCCAGCCCCCGCGCUGAACGCACGCUCGUCCUUGCCCCUAACCAGCGCGUCUCCCCCGGCAACGCGGAGUGACCUGGGAUGCAGCCCUCAGGCUGGGCGGCCGCCAGGGAGGCGGCGGGCCGCGACAUGCUGGCCGCCGACCUCCGGUGCAGCCUCUUCGCCUCGGCCCUGCAGAGCUACAAGCGCGACUCGGUGCUGCGGCCCUUCCCCGCGUCCUACGCCCGCGGCGACUGUAAGGACUUUGAAGCCUUGCUCGCAGAUGCCAGCAAGUUACCUAACCUGAAAGAACUUCUCCAGUCCUCCCGAGACAACCACAAACGGACCUGGGACCUGAUGAGCUGGAUUUUAUCCUCAAAGGUCCUGACAAUCCACAGUGCAGGGAAAGCAGAGUUUGAAAAGAUCCAAAAGCUGACUGGGGCUCCUCACACGCCUGUUCCCGCACCGGACUUCCUGUUUGAAAUUGAGUACUUUGACCCAGCCAACGCCAAAUUUUAUGAGACCAAAGGAGAACGAGACCUAAUCUAUGCCUUUCAUGGUAGCCGCCUAGAAAACUUCCAUUCCAUUAUCCACAAUGGCCUGCACUGCCAUCUGAACAAGACAUCCUUGUUCGGAGAGGGGACCUACCUCACCAGUGACUUGAGCCUGGCCCUCAUAUACAGCCCUCAUGGCCACGGGUGGCAGCACAGCCUCCUCGGCCCCAUCCUUAGCUGUGUGGCCGUGUGUGAGGUCAUUGACCAUCCAGACGUCAAGUGCCAAACCAAGAAGAAGGAUUCCAAGGAGAUAGAUCGCAGACGAGCGAGAAUCAAACAUAGUGAAGGGGGAGACAUCCCUCCCAAGUACUUCGUGGUCACCAAUAACCAGCUCCUGCGAGUGAAGUACCUCCUGGUGUAUUCACAGAAGCCACCCAAGAGCAGGGCUUCAAGCCAGCUCUCCUGGUUUUCCAGCCAUUGGUUUACCAUCAUGAUAUCCCUGUAUCUGCUGCUGCUGCUCAUAGUGAGUGUCAUCAACUCCUCUGCUUUCCAACACUUUUGGAAUCGUGCGAAAAGAUAAUCUUUCUGGGCCUGGUGUGGGGGCUACCUCAACUGUGUGCCUUAUGGUCACUUGUUCUGUACCUCCUAUGCCUCAUGUCCAGCCGGACUGAGCCUAGGGGCCAGUUGGGGGACCACAGGACAAUUUUCGUAUGCCCUAAAUGUAUUGAUUGCCUUUGAUGAUGUUCCCAGCCACACUCCAGUCAACGGGGACUACUAGUCCCUCACUCUUAGGUUUUAGGGGAGCCCUUCCAUCUGCUCCUUCUUAAACUGUCCUAGGGAGUUGGCUUUUCAGCCAGGGCCAAAGGAAAAAGCCCUGCUACAUUUAAAAACAAAGUGUCCAAGCUGUCAGUGGUGUGUUUACAAUCUCUCCUGGCGGAGGUUGGCCCUUUCUCUAAUGCUUUCUGGAAGGCGGAAAAUGUGGGAACUAUAAAUCACUAGGCAGUUGCCUUGUUUUGACUUGAGACACCCAAGAGGAACAGUCAUGUUUCUCAUAAAAAUCAGUGGGAUCAUUUUUGAAUUCCAUCAGCCUUUGUAUGUGAGUGCAAAACAUUUUAACAGUUUUCUCAAAUCAACAAACAGCCUUCUCCUACAGCUGUACCUGCCCCCCUCCCCAAAAAACCAUGGAUGAGAAAGAAAGGAGUCAGGGGCCUGAUAAAAAAUACAGACUUAAUGAGCAACUCAAGUCAUCUUUUUCUAAAAAUUAUCAACUGCUGAUUACAGCCGAAAUGGAACCAAAUGUUUGUUUUCUAAUUUUUUUUUUAAUAGCUGUUUAACAAAUUAGUCUUUGUGAGCUGAGUAAAAGGGGAAAUUUCUUUUUUUUUUUUUUUUUUUGGAGACAGAGUCUUGCUCUG